AUGUUUUAUUCGGGAUGGAAGUUCCGAGUUCCACAGUCCCUUGAUCUUUCUAUGGCUAACAGUGGCUCACUCCAGAAGGGGGGCCAGAUCAUUUUCCAAAACCAUCCCGUGCAGGCCACCGGCCGUGGCGGCGUUUCAACGAUAUCCAUCCUCGCCCCCUCGACGCCAGCCCUGUCGCGACCCGCCCGCCGAUCGGACACCGCGGCCGAUCCGCGGCGGAAGCCCUUCCACGUCAAGACCGACGCCCCCAUGGCUCCACUGAGUGGGCUUUUCUACGCGGAGGUUCAGAUCCUUGACAUCGGGAUGGUGGGGGGCGGAGGGGGGCGACGGACCGCCCCGGGGCUCGUCGUGGGGGUGUGCGACGCCGCCCUCCCGUCGCACCGCCUGCCCGGGGAGGAGGCCCACAGCGUCGGGCUCUUCCUCGCGCAGCGGAUGAUGCACCAGAACGGGAGCCGGGAGUCUACGCGGGUGACGAUCCCGGCCGCCGCGUUAUCCGCUCGAUACCGCUUCCGCCCUGUGAUGGACACGGCCUCCUCCUCGCCUGACCCCGCCAGCUUUGCGCGGACCACCCCUCCGUUCUUCGCCUUUCCUCAUCGUGGGGAAACCGCGAGGGCGCCCCCUUAUGCCUGGUCGUCGUCCUCCGCGGCCUGCCUCUUGGAGAGGGACUCCAGGGCCGGCGACGGGGCCCUGCGGGAGCUGGGCGAAGGCGAUGCCGUGGGGUGUCUGGUCAACUUCGCGGACGGCUCCGUGCAGUUCACCGUGAAUGGGUAUAUCCUCCCGGGUUGUGUUAGCAAAUUCGACACCCCUCGACCGACGUGGUCGGGGUACUACUUCGCGGUCGGCCUGCAGCGUCGCACGGGGUGGGUACGUCUGCAGGUGAUUCUUCAAAGCGGGGUGUGUCCGCUCCCCCGGGUCAAGGUGUGGAGUGCUAACGCGUGUAGUCGAGUUAUCCCUGCGUUGUUGAACGGUGACGCUCACGAACAAGGCCCUGAUGGUACGAAGGAAGGGGGGACUCGAAACCAAGUUAACGGAGAUGCCGCGGAAACCACGGUCACUGGUGAACCAGUUGAAACGCCCUUUCGGCCGGUUGGAAAUCCUUACCCAUCUAUCAUGAACCCAAAGGAUGCCAAGUUGACGGAGGAGGUUGUGAUUCUCUUCGAUGUCGCCGCAUACGGUCGUCAGAUCGCGGAGGAUCAAAUCCGUGAAAACUACUCACGUCUGUUCAACGGAAAUUGGAUGGAGAGUUCCUUUGACGAUGCGACAGUGGCGGUUAUAUUACAACAGUAUUUUAGCAGCCGUGGCAUGGUACGAACAAUGUCUGUGUUUUUGUCUGAGCUGGCUGAAAUGCGCGUGCCAUCGGUCCUCCCAUGCGCCCAUUCUGGACCACCUGAAGUGGAAGCAGUUCGUGCGGAGAAUAGAACCAAAGAAGCGUCCCAUUCUAGGAGUAAGAACUCCUCAUCUCCCCAGAGCGCGAAGGCCUCUAGCGGUUUUCCUGCCUGGAAAAAAGAGGGGCAGCUGCCGAUCAUCUCAUCUAUGACUAUGCUGGAGUACACCUCAGAAGUUGAGACGCUGCGCCAUAUGUUUAUGGAGUCCUUUUCACCUCCCUCACUGCUCGAGGCAUUAAACUCGUUUCCUUUGCAGCAACCGACUUCUAAAACGCCGAAACCUUCUCAUGCCCGAGGAUUUGCAUCGAAAGAAGCCAAGGAAGCUGAUGGGGAAGGACAAGGGGGGGUUUACCCUGAGAGAACUACUGAUGUCUUAGAUUAUUUACUAAAUCACCAUAAUAUCGUUUUGCCCCAAGUGCGGUGUGCGCUAGCAUCCGGCUUGAAUACAACCAUAGACUCGUUGGACGCGAUUCUUCCAUCGCGCUUUUGGGCUCUCUUGUUCUUCUCACGAAGACAAGACAUUUUGUUUGUGAUAAAGGCCUUACAAGUUAUAGAUACAGGGCUGGAUUGGGUCCUGGGAAACUUUUCAGAGGUGCGGCGACAGUUCUCCCCACAACGGGCUCAAAGUGAGGGGGGUUUGCCUGAGAGUAAGAUUAAAGGCAAACACAGCAAUAACACCGAAUCAGACGAAAGUUUUUCAACUAAUACAAACGGGAUGUUUUCCUCCUCACUUGAAAUGGAGUUGAUUGAACAGAAACUUCUUAUGUAUUAUACCAACACCGUUUUGAGCCCUUUUCAUAGCAUCAAGGCCUCCGAGCGCGCCGCUAAACGAUUUGGAGUACGCAAAUUUUACCACUCUUCGGCUUUUCGAAAUGAAUGCACACGGGAAACCAUCAAUGGAUAUCAACGGAGGAGUGAAUCCAAAAACGAGGAGGAUUGUGUGCGGGUUGCUUCACUUCCUCCUCUGGAAGACAUCUCCUGGAAUGAGAUGUCAGACACUGCUAUCGAUGAGUGCCUUCUUGCCCACAUCCAGGAGUGUCGUCGCGUCGCCUCCACAAGCGAUGUUGAAGGUGGAGCAAACGGUACUUCCCUAAAGACGGCCGCGCCGUGGGAGGCUGUAGGACAAGUAAUUUUGCUAGGUUCGGUACCUCUCGUUGCUCCACCAAGUUCCUCGACACAGAUCGCCCUUGGUGAGUCCCUGGUGACCGUCGUACUGCAUGUUAUGGCAUUCCUCAAGCACGCGCUAUUAUCUCACUCGACAACAGCCCAAGACAAGGAGAGUUUUGUGAGGAGAGCUAAUUUUGAAAGGGCUCCGCGGGAAGCCGAGGAUGCGGCAGCCGUCCGCAAAGGAGGCUGUGGGCGGGCGCAGGGUGGAGGUGAGAGCCCCAAAGAGAAAAUACCUCACUAUCCAGAUUCCAAGGCAAAGUACCAUGCUACUUCUGUCGCUGUUGGCAUGACCGAGGGCUCUGUGGUAGAUUUACUUAGAUGGGUAGCCCGCUGGGAGGCCCUGCUGCAGCGCGCUCAACAGCAGUACCACAAGUCUGCUUGGGCGCUCCUCCAAUGUGCUCUGGAGGAGUUCAACGACCGCACGCAGCGUCGACUAUUUCGAUUGCUCCAUAAUGAAGGCAAUCGCAACGGGGUGGAACCACGGAAGCCUGCGGCGUCCCCUUUCAACGUUCACGAUGACGAGCAGGAGGAGGGUAUGAAGACAUCCCUACCUGUGCAUUGCCGCGACACGGCGCCCUCCACCUUCAUGGAAUACCUUAUACCAUCCAAUGGUGCGUUAAGCUGCAUGGGGAUGCCGCUGUCGAGCGAAAACGGUGGCGGCUUGGUGAAUCCGGAGGAAAGGGCGUCGAAGUCGGCGUACGUGGCGCAUUCCGAGUCCGACCCCAACGGUGGCGUGGCGAUGGAUAAGGAGAACCAUAGGGAGGUGGCGGGUUGCCCGGAAAGCACGGGGGAGGCCGCGAAAACGGGCCUCACGGGGAGGGAUCCCAGCGGCCGUGAGCUCGGCCGCCGCGAUGAGGUGCUUGCCCACCUGCUGGCGUUUGGGCAGCCGCCUCUGCGGACGGUCUACCGCCGCGCGCAUGCCGUGGCCGCUUUAAAACCUCAGCAGCACAUCAUCACCUGCGCCUUUCUCGCCGCGCUGGAGGAGGGGAUGCGUGGGUUGCCGUCUAUCGGCGUCUUUGCGUCGACGGCGAAACGCUCCCCUUCCUCCAGCACGGCCCUGACGUCACCCUCGCAGGAGCGGAAGAGGAACACACCGUUGUCUUUCGUCUCCUCCCUGCCGGCAAGCGGGGCGGGGUAUGGGGAGGGCGGCGACGGGGAAAUCGCGCUGGAGGAAGGGGACUGGGCCGUCGACGAGUACUACCUCGGUUCGGUAUAUCUGAAACGUGUGUAUCGGUAUAUGUUCAGCUGA